AUAUUAUAUAAUGUGCUCCGUGUUUUCUCUCUGCUCUGUGUGUUUAGAGAGCUUGGUUUCGGAGUGUUUACUUUACCGUCGCUAAGGCAGAUGAAGUGCUGAUGUUGUGGUGCAGAGAGAUAGUCAUCACUUUCCCCACCAUGCUGUCUUGUAAAGAUGAGCUCGUAUGUGCUGGAUGAGCAGGACUUCCAGCGCUGCUGUCAGCUCCUCCUGAAGCAGUCAGAGCAGCUGAGAGACGGCUGGAGCUGGGAGCCAGUCCAGGGUUCAGAGGAGGGCUACCUGAGGAAGACUGCUCUCAGGUCAGUUGUAGUUGACUCUAACCCAGUGUGGGACCAGGAAGGAUCCGCUUCAGACCCUUCGUGUCUCUCCUGGCCUGAUCAGCAGGGACAGGAGAAGGAACAGCCUCUUCUAGCUGCCUCAGGUGACACUGACAGCAUCAGAUGCGACAUAGAUGAAGAUGACGGGGUCUGUGUGGUGUCUCCAGGCAGCAGCCAGCUGCUUCACUAUGAGUACCACAUCCUGCACUCCUGCAGCUACAGUACUCCUGUUCUCUAUUUCAGAGCCUCCACUCUGGAGGGGAGGAGCCUGUCAUUAGAGGAGGUGUGGAGCUCUGUUCAUCCAAACUUCAGGCAGCGACUUCAGAACAGUCCUUUGAAUACAAUCACUCUGCAGGAACAUCCCCUGCUGGGUCAGCCCUUCUUCAUGCUCCACCCCUGUAGGACAGAAGAGUUCAUGAGACCUGUGCUGCAGGCGGCUCAGGACCAGCACAGGCCAGUGAACUAUGUGCUGUCGUGGCUCAGUGUUGUGGGUCCUGUUGUGGGUCUCGACGUCCCUCUGAAAUACUCCACCCAGCUCUGUCCAGACUCCUCACUCAGCAGGACCAAGCCAGACUGACACUGGUGCUUCAGAAUCUGUCAGCAUCACUCUGGAGUGUCUGUACGGAGGCUGGAUCAUCAGCCGGGGAACUACCCGGACAGCCCAGAUCCUUAGAGCUACUGAAGAGACAAGAUUGUCCAUGUGGCAGUUACCUUGUAUUAAUUUAAAUGCAUUUCUUGGCAAUAUACUGUAACACAUAAACAACAGACAUUGAAGGGC